AUAAAACCGUUUCAAAAACUCAAACGUCACAGAACACAGCAGAGUGAGUAACAAUGGGAACUCGUAGAAGCGAAGAACAAAACGCACUUUCUUCUGAUUCUGAAGAAGAAAACGACAUUGCCACCACCCAAACCAAAACGACUAAAACAGAAGUUGUCGUUUCGGAAUCAUCACGUUACGAGCAGAUUAGGGAACAAAGAAUGAAAGAGAACGCUGAGAGAAUGAACAAGCUCGGUUUAUUAAACCUUUCUCUUAAUCUUAAUCUUAAGCUCAACAAAAACAAAACACAACGCCCUCAGAUCAAGAAAAUCCCGUUACCAUUAAACCAAUCUGAAAGACGUUCUUCUAGAAUAAUGAGCCUAGCACCAGUUGACUAUCGUUUCAAGCGUCUUAAAGCAGAGCCUCAACAAAGUUCAUCAAGUAAGAAAAGGAAUAGAGUGGAGAUUUAUAUAGAAGAAGGUACAAACCCUGAAGUUUACACUGAAAAGCAUGAGAAGCUUCUGGGAGAUUGUGAGACUGUUUGGGAAUUGUAUGUGGAUGGAUAUGACGAGGAUGGGGACCGUAUAUAUGAUCCAACCAAGGGAGUCAAAUGCCAUCAGUGCAGGCAUGUAACUGUUGGUCAGCUGACCGAUUGCAACAAAUGCGAAUUACCCCAAGGACAGCUUUGUGGAGAUUGCUUGUACACAAGAUAUGGAGAAAAUGUGACAGAAGCCAACUUUAAUCCCAAGUGGACUUGCCCUUCAUGUCGAGAAAUUUGCAACUGCAAUAGUUGUCGUAGGAGAAAUGGUUGGAUGCCCACUGGUAAUAUUUACAAUAAGGUAACAAAAUUGGGUUUCAAAUCUGUUGCUCAUUAUCUGAUCAAGACCUGCCGCACCGAGAAAAGCAUGAAAAACUCAGUUGCUGAAAAUAUUGUUGCCCAAGAAACACCAGAGACCUCUCCAGAUUCAACCCUGAAUAGACCGAUUCGUACAAGAAGGGCUUUGAGAAGUUAAAAAGGUGAUCAAA